AUGACGAAGGUUCAACACAACGCUUCCCCCCCAAUCGCCACCAAAAUCGAUGUCUGGGGAUCAUUGGAGGCCGAGGGAAAAAUAUUCAUAAUGAUGAAGCCUCAACACGACGCUACCUUCUCACGCAUGAACAAAAUCGAUGGCUGGGGAUCUUUGGAGGCCGAGGGAAAAAUAUUCAUAACGAUAAAGCCUCAACACGACGCUACCUUCUCACGCAUGAACAAAAUCGAUGGCUGGGGAUCUUUGGAGGCCGAGGGAAAAAUAUUAAUAAUGAUGAAGCCUGAACACGAGGCUACCUUCUCACGCAUGAACAAAAUCGAUGGCUGGGGAUCUUUCGAGGCCGAGGGAAAAAUAUUCAUAAUGACGAAGCCUCAACACGACGCUACCAACUCAAUCAUGAACAAAAUCGAUGUCUGGGGAUCUUUGGAGGCCGAGGGAAAAAUAUUAAUAAUGAUGAAGCCUCAACACGACGCUACCUUCUCAAUCGCCAUGAACAAAAUCGAUGGCUGGGGAUCUUUGGAGGCCGAGGGAAAAAUAUUCAUAAUGAUGAAGCCUCAACACGACGCUACCUUCUCAACGCAUGAACAAAAUCGAUGGCUGGGGAUCUUUGGAGGCCGAGGGAAAAAUAUUAAUAAUGAUGAAGCCUCAACACGACGCUUCCUCCUCAAUCGCAUGAACAAAAUCGAUGGCUGGGGAUCUUUGGAGGCCGAGGGAAAAAUAUUCAUAAUGAUGAAGCCUCAACACGACGCUACCUUCUCAAUCGCAUGA